UGACUUGGAUCUACCACAGCAGAGAGAGAGAGUGGCGUGUGUGUCUUACUCCCUAUUUACGUCACUAUUAUCGGAGGUUGUAGUCUCGAUUUUUUUUUUGGACCGAGACGGAUCCCAAUUUGGCAGGCCGCAAGAGGAGGGGGGUCGGGUCGAUUUUGCCGCUCUUUGGAAAGCCGGCUGGAACGAAGCUCUGGCGUAUCAGCUCCGCAACCGCAGCAGGCUUCUUGCGCGUGAGACGAAGAGGAGCCUUCCGCGGUAGUCAAGGUGGCUCGAGAUAGGAGAUCGGGGCGGGCGGGCGGGUCUGCUCCGGGCGGUGGAGGCGAUGGCGGCGGCGGCGGCGGCGGCGGCGGCGGCAGCGGGGCCGGGGGGCACGGCGGGGAGAAUGGGGGCUCCGCGGCGGGCGGCGGGUCGAUCCCGGCUGUCCCCCGCAAGAGCAUUCGGCCACGGCCUGUUGAUAUGCACAAACCGCUGGCGGUGUUACGGGUAGACGAGGCGGAGGAGGCGAACGGGGGGGCGCUGGGGGAAUCGGAGGCAGGGGCGGAAGGAGGGCGAGCCACGGUUGUGCCCCCUCUCCGCAAGAGAGACAUCCCCACACCGAUCAUCGCCACGGUGCCUGGUUACGAGGCAGAGCAGAUGAGCGAUUUUCAGGUCCCCGACGGUUACAUCCGGUUCCCCCGGAGGACUGGGGGCGAAGACGACGUGGCGACGUGCGAGUACUCGCUGGAGAUGGAGGACGAGGAGUGGUUGGAGAAGCACCCUCGGUACGGUCUGUCGGGACCCCCCUCCGAGAAGGGCAAGCUGGACGUGGACAAACUGGAGCAGAUGCUGGGCAUCCUAGAGAUGGCGACGGGGCAGGCCGACCCCAUCCCGCUGCCGCAGGCCGAGACGCUGUUCGUGUCGAAGCUGGGCAUGAGCAAGGCCGUGCACCACGACGCUUGGGCGGAGGUGUACCGCUUCUGGAAGGAUAAGAGGUCUCGCAUGGGCAAGCCGCUGCUGAGGAGAUUCUGGCCCGUGACCCCCUCCAACGACACCGACCCUCACAAGGUGUUCCGCCCCCGAGAGAAGGAGCGGUACAAGCUCAGAAAGCACCGGAAGAACGAUCUCGACAGCUUCCGAAAGCUGCAGCAGGUCAAGAAGGACUUCGAGAAGCUGCUGAGCAUCACCCGCAUGAUCCAGAAGCGAGAGAUGAUGAAACGGGAGCAGCUGAUGGUGCAGCAGGAGAUCUUCCUGCAGCAGCACUGGGACCUCACCGACACCACCGGAGGGUCGAGGCCCCUCGGAAUCGAGCCCGGCAAGUACAAGGCCAGGCCACGGCAGCCGGUGGCGGCGGCGGCCUCGGCGGCGGCGGCGGCGGGAGGAGCGGUGGGCGCAGGCACAGUGGCCGGGUCGGCAGCGCCGGCGCCGGCCCCGGCAGCGCAGCCGUUCGAGCGGAGCCGGGAUGGGGAACGGACGUCCUCCCGCAAGUCCAAGAAAAGGAAGGAGAGAGAACGGGUAUCGAGGGCGGCCGCGGGGGGGGUGGACGCGGGUGGCGGCGGCAGCACGGGGGGGAACGACCACUACGGGGACGAGGACGAGGACGGUGACAGCUACUCCGGGGUGGGGGGGGGCGCGGUGGGAGGAGGCGUCGCCUCCGUCGGGGAGGACGGGGGGGGAUCGUUCGGGAUCAUCCCCGGGUCCCACGUCACCGUGUUGCCGUCCUUCAUGGACGACCUCAAGACGAGGGAGAGCAUACCGGUCCGGACGGUGGUGGAGCCGGCUCUAGCGGUGUACACGGCGUUAGGGGGGGGCGACGCCAAGGGCAAAGGAAGGGGAGGGGCGAGAGAAAGAGAAAGAACGGGCGGCCCGGGGGGAGGGAAAGGGAAGGCGCGCGUGGGAGUCGAGCCGGUGUACAAAUUCAAACUGAUCGGCCGAGGCGGGCGGGUAAUCUGGGACCGCGUCCCGGUGAGAGGGGCGGUACCCGUGAGAGAGGACGGGCUAGCAGACCCGGAAGAGGCGCCUGUGGUGGUGCACAGCAGCUACGUCCAGUUCCCCUUCAAGCCUCCCGCGGCUCACGUCCUGCACCCGCCGAUGGUCAACCUCAAUGCCGACGAGAGACGGUAUCGCGAGAUCUGCGCCAUGGACGAUGAUCAGGAGGAGUUAUUGGAACCUCUCGGCUUGGGGCUGCUAGGGAACUCGUCAGGGGCGCCUUCCGCUUCGGCGGCGGCGGCAGCAGCGGCGGCGGCGGCGGCGGCAGCGGCGGGAGGAGGCGACCCCAGAGCGGCGGCGGCGGCGGCGGCAGCAGCAGCAGCGGCAGCAUCGUCGUCGUCGUCGUCGUCGUCAUCGUCAGCGCCGAAGAUUAAGUACGCCAUUGAGGUGUAGGUGGAGGCAGAGAGGAAGGGUUGUCGACGAAGUAGUAGUUUACCCGUGGGGGGGGUGGAUGGGGGUGGAUUUGCUGUUAGCGACGGAGACAUGAACGCUCGCAUGACAUGAAUCACGGCGGCAACCGUUUGGAAAGAACGCGGAGAGGAUGAAAGAAGAACGCUACUCCGGGAUGAUAUUGGUGGUAACUUUUUGUCGGCGGUGAGCAUGCUUAAGCAAGGGCUUGUUGCGAUAUCCGUGGGUAGGUGUUGUACUAGCCCGAGAGAGCGAGAGCGUUGGCGUGUGGACUUGCUCUUGUAUUGCGGCGGUCGCUAUCUGAUUACCGUUGUUUCGCGAGGUAAGACUGAAGCGCGUCGGUGGCGACGCACGAUUUGACACCACACUCACCGCUAGUAGUACUGUUGAGGCCGUUUUCUUGUGCGUUCUUCUGUCAUCUUGUUGACCGCUAAUUAGAAUUGCGGCGCUGUCUUGCAUCAUAUGAAAUGUAGGCUAGUAAGGGCGCCGUCGGCUUCUGUGCUGCUGCCAACGAACGGUUUGUUCGCAGGGUAGGUCAAGGUGAUUUGUAGACGGUGCAGCAGGUUUGGUGGUAUUGCGUUAAACCCGAUGUGUUAUUGCCGGUUUGACGGGGGGGCAUGAGCCGGGUACAAGAGGCGCGUAAGAUCACCGACGGCACGCUGAGGUACCUCUUGAGCAGCAAAAGAGAUGGUAGCGCCCUUAAUCAUUGCUUCGAUGAAGGAUUGGAGACGAGGUCUAGAAGGCGCCAAGCACGAAUCAAAAUGUCAAGCAGAGUCUUGCACGCACGGCGGUCGUUCAGCUUCCCGGGUGGAAGACCAAAAAAUAAGAAUGCAAGUUGACCCUUGUCAAUUGCGCCCCAUCUCC